AUGUCUAAGCAUCAUCUCGUGAAAAAUUUCACCUCCAGUUUUUCCAAUAAAGCUAUCAUGGCCAUUAGUCUUCUGGUUCAAGUGGCGGUGAUAUAGACUUACGACUCAUCCAUUUCCGGUUGUCGUGCAUGGCGUAAAGGGUUCUCGCGGGUGGGCGGUGAUGUAUUGAAUGCUGGACUUGGGGUUUCUCUUGAUUUUCUGCCGUCUUUGUUAGCUUCCAGCGUGAGUCACUCUGGGUAGAAAUCAUACGGAGCGGGCGCGGCAGCCGUCGCAGAGGUUGCUUGCGUUCUGAUUGUUGUUGAGCCUUUCUUGACCAUUGCCGCUGCUGAUGGGGCGGGCGAUGUUGUGAAGGGACGAGUAUUGCAUCUUGACUGCUGGCGUAAUGUGCGUACAGCACUUCUCGCCGGGUAUGAUCGAAGCAUGUUGAAGAUUGGGAGGGAAGAAGUCGGAAGAGAGGGAGAAAGAAAGAAAGAGGAUGGGGUCUCUCCUUGGCCCUUUGGCUCAACUCAAUGGGAGAAUGCGGAGCGCAACAAUGCAAUUGCGGAGGAUGCGGAUAUAUUGCUGGUGUGGUAG